UCGAUAAAGCAGUGUUCCAGCCGGCAGAAGAAGAAAAGACAAUAUUUAUUGUGUAUUAUUACUUAGUUUACAUCAUAAUUAAAGUGAUAAUAGAUAAACUACAGUUGAUCACGUUGUCGCAUACGAAAACUGCGUGAUACAGUAAAUCACAAUGGAGAAUCUGAGCCCCGAACAUCCAAGACUUCUCAUCCCAGAGCUAUGCUCCCAAUUCUAUCACCUAGGUUGGGUCACCGGAACAGGCGGUGGAAUAUCUAUCAAGGAUGGAGAUAAAAUAUACAUAGCGCCAUCUGGUGUUCAGAAGGAACGAAUGAAGCCUGAUGACUUAUUUGUGCAGACCAUUAAUGAUGAGGAUCUGGAAUUACCACCACCUGAAAAAAAGCUAAAGAAGAGUCAAUGUACACCUCUAUUCAUGCUGGCCUACCGAGACCGUAAUGCUGGAGCCGUCAUACACACCCACUCUCCACAUGCGGUUAGAUGCACUCUACUCUAUGAUAAAGAGUUUGUCAUCACUCACCAGGAGAUGAUCAAGGGUAUAAAAGACGCGAACCUUGGUCGAUAUCUGCGGUACGACGAAAAACUAAUAGUACCAAUAAUUGAGAAUACACCGUUCGAAAAAGAUCUAGCGGAGAGUCUCGGAGAAGCGAUACGCGAGUACCCGGGGACCAGUGCCGUGCUAGUGAGAAGACAUGGGGUUUACGUGUGGGGGGACAGCUGGCAGCAAGCGAAGACCAUGACUGAAUGCUAUGAUUACCUGUUUGAAAUGGCCGUCGAAAUGAAGAAGUUAGGCUUGGAUCCAUCUCUCAACCCACAUACGGAAAUUGUUCGAAAUGGGAACGAACACUGAUUCUAUUAGCUAACGUUUAUGUUAUAUUAAUAAUAUUUGUUCAAAAUGGGAACGAACACUGAUUCUAUUAGUUAACGUUUAUGUUAAUAUAUUAAUAAUAUUUGUUCAAAAUGGGAACGAAUACUGAUUCAAUUAGCUAACGUUUAUGUUAUAUUAAUAAUAGUUGUUCAAAAUGGGAACGAACACUGAUUCUAUUAGCUAACGUUUAUGUUAUAUUAAUAAUAGUUGUUCAAAAUGGGAACGAGCACUGAUUCUAUCAGCUAACGUUUAUGUUAUAUUAAUAAUAUUUGUUCAAAAUGGGAACGAGCACUGAUUCUAUCAGCUAACGUUUAUGUUAUAUUAAUAAUAUUUGUUCAAAAUGGGAACGAACACUGAUUCUAUUAGCUAACGUUUAUGUUAUAUUAAUAAUAGUUGUUCCAAAUGGGAACGAACACUGAUUCUAUUAGCUAACGUUUAUGUUAUAUUAAUAAUAUUUGUUCAAAAUGGGAACGAGCACUGAUUCUAUCAGCUAACGUUUAUGUUAUAUUAAUAAUAUUUGUUCAAAAUGGGAACGAGCACUGAUUCUAUCAGCUAACGUUUAUGUUAUAUUAAUAAUAUUUGUUCAAAAUGGGAACGAGCACUGAUUCUAUCAGCUAACGUUUAUGUUAUAUUAAUAAUAUUUGUUCAAAAUGGGAACGAACACUGAUUCUAUUAGCUAACGUUUAUGUUAUAUUAAUAAUAGUUGUUCCAAAUGGGAACGAACACUGAUUCUAUUAGCUAACGUUUAUGUUAUAUUAAUAAUAGUUGUUCCAAAUGGGAACGAACACUGAUUCUAUUAGCUAACGUUUAUGUUAUAUUAAUAAUAGUUGUUCAAAAUGGGAACGAACACUGAUUCUAUUAGCUAACGUUUAUGUUAUAUUAAUAAUAGUUGUUCCAAAUGGGAACGAACACUGAUUCUAUCAGCUAACGUUUAUGUUAUAUUAAUAAUAUUUGUUCAAAAUGGGAACGAGCACUGAUUCUAUUAGUUAACGUUUAUGUUAAUAUAUUGAUAAUAUUUGUUCAAAAUGGGAACGAAUACUGAUUCUAUUAGCUAACGUUUAUGUUAUAUUAAUAAUAGUUGUUCAAAAUGGGAACGAACACUGAUUCUAUUAGCUAACGUUUAUGUUAUAUUAAUAAUAGUUGUUCCAAAUGGGAACGAACACUGAUUCUAUUAGCUAACGUUUAUGUUAUAUUAAUAAUAGUUGUUCAAAAUGGGAACGAACACUGAUUCUAUUAGCUAACGUUUAUGUUAUAUUAAUAAUAGUUGUUCAAAAUGGGAACGAACACUGAUUCUAUCAGCUAACGUUUAUGUUUUAUUAUAAUAGUUGGGAACUUUUCAUUUUUCUGAACAAAAUUUUAUAUCAAAUGCAAUAAUUAUGCUCUUUCUUUUAUUUCUGAUGCUAUGUUAUGUAGCAAAAAAUAAGCCUUUCGAUCGGUAUACUAAAGCUGUAGCCUAAGAAUAUAGUCUUCCUUCAGUAAAAUGUUAAAUCUACAAUAUUUAAGAUAAUUCCCCUCCAUGGGGUAUAGUCGUGUCGUCUUAUAAUUAUACAGGGUGGAUGUUAUGUCCAAUGAUUAUAAUAUACAUAAAAUUAAUUCGCGCAUCAUACUGACACAUUAACAUGACGUUAAACCGAUAGCGUGAUCAAAAACUACUGUAAUUACUGUAUGAGUUAAAAAAAAAUAAGAAAUAUAAAGAUAAUAAUAUAUUUUUGUCACUGACAACAGUUGCUGUCAAAAUGCGCCCCAAUUAGGGCGCUUUAGAAUACGAAAUGCGUGAUAAUGCGUUUAUAAAAUAUCUGCUCCUUUAUAGUUUAACUGACCUAAUAAUUAAUUUAUAUAAAUUCUAAAUUGAUUUAGCCAAUACCUCGUGUCAUUUGUACAUUAUUUAGGAUUGUACGUGUUAUAUUGUUUUAAGAUUAAAAUGUAUUCGUAUAAGUCCUUAUUUUUUUAUAUCUUUCAUGGAACGUUUUGUAAUAUUUUAUUUGUUGUUUAAAGAAGAUGUGAAUUUAUGAAAACUUGUUUAAUUUCAGACAAUUUCAACAAAUAAGAGCACUUUCACACUACGUCCGAUCAGAGUUCGAUCCGUACCCGGGAAAAUACAGAUCUAGAAAUCUCCGACGGAAUUUGGAUAUUGCUUACGCUCUAGUCCGAUCUCUCAUCCAAUUCCAAGCAAUUCAGCGGCCAUUUUUAGGCAUACGGCAUUUUACUCGGAGCCCCAGCAGAGCACUUACGUCUUUGAUCAUAAGUCCUUUCAAUUAGCGUCAAAUCCUGGACGCUGAUUGGGACAAUAUAUGGCCCUCUAUGGCUGACAGCUCAAAACAGUUUCAACAUACCUAACUGAAUAUAGGUGACAAGGAUCUGUCGGCAAUCUUUGUCCUCCCAAGCAUCACACUGCGGCUUUCAGGGGAAGUUUCAAGUACAAUGCCACCAAGUGCUGGAAUAAUUUACCACCGCCGCUACGGGGUUUAUAUACAGUCUCGACUUUAGAAAAAAAUAUAAAAAAUACAUAUUAAUGACCAAUACCUCCCUACAUCUCCUGCCUUGGUGAGCACUGUUUAAAUUUCAUUGUAUUAUAUAAAAUACCUACUCGUAUUUAUUAUUAUUUUUUCUUCCUUACACACAUACGUUUUUUAUUAUUUUUGUUGUCAUUAUUUUUUUUAGUAACAUUUUUUUGUUAGUCAAUUUUUUUAUAAUAAUUAUUUUAGUGCUUCAAUUUAUAUAUAUAUUUUGCUUUUAAAAUAUGUCAGUUCAGCUCCAAACUUCACACAGUGGGGUCACUGAAAAUCAGUGUUGUGCUCAUAAUGUAUGGACACAACUAUAACUGAGUGGACUCCAGUUUUGGAAGACCACUGCCACAUCAAGUUUUGCUUUUGUUUCUUUUGUAUUAAGUAAGUUAAGUAUUGGAUUAAGCAUAUAUUUUGUUCUCAUAAACAUUUUUGUGUGAAUGUGUCAGUUUUUCUUCCAAAAUAAAUUCAUUUUCAUUUCAUUUCAAGUGUGUCUAAAGCUUACAGAUAUAAAUCUAGUGAAAUAAAAAAGGUCUUAUUGUACAGAAUGAAUCAUUUUAAUUUCAAAUUGCUAUUACAUUAGUAUUUUUGUGUGCGGCUGCUUUAUCAGUUUUCAAACUUUUAACAAUUUCAGCGAAUAUACUCUCUGAUACAA